AUGUCUACAUAUAAUAAUAUGUUUAAAAAUUGGGGAGUUGGUGAUACACCAUAAUUGAUGCCUUAAAAUAAUCCAACCAUAAUUUAAAAUCUUCCAUUUUCAGGAAGAAGCAAUUAUAGAGAUUAAUUUUAAGAAUUUUAUGUUGAACCUGUUAAAAGUACAAAAGGACUCUAUUAAUAAAAGUAAUUCAUAUCUAUUAAUAAAUUUAGAUCACCUUUAUCACCACCAGAUAUCAAAUUUACUGCAACUUCUAUAGCUAAAUCUUCAUAUCUACCAAUUGAAACUGAAAGAUCUCAGCAAUUACAAACUAAAAAACUUCAAUUAUAACCACUAAAUCCAUCAUACAGAGGAUAAUAUAAUACAAUGUAUUGCAAAGAAUUUGAUUCUAAAUUUCCAAGACCUUGUCCUGCUAAAGAAGUUCUUGAUGAAGUUGAAAAAUAAAUUUGA